AUGGAGGGUAUGCCUCGCGUCCCUAUGCUACUUCCUGAGCCAAAGAUACCGGCAAAUCAGUACGAUGAUGAGUUUCGAUUGAAGAUCAAGGAGUAUAUCCUUCUACAUUUUCAAGACGAUCCCAGCAAAUAUGAUAACGCUAUAACGGAAAUAAUGACUCUGAAGCAGAAAAUAAGCACAUCCUACGCCGAUGUAGAAACUGCUUGUCUACUGAAGCGUUACUAUGCCCAAUUACUAAUGAUGAAGAAUCGAUUCCCUAUGGAAGAAGGCGAUCCAAUAAAGGUUUUAUUUUGCUGGUACGAUAGAGCCAUGGAUAUAGCUCAUUCCGCGACGUACGAUGAUAUUGGCUUCGAAUUAGCGUGCGUAAUGUACAACAUUGGCGCAGUUCAUGCUAACAUAGCAGUAAAUGAGGGAAGAGAGAGCGAGGACAGUAUCAAAAACGCCUUCAUGCAUUACCAGUAUGCCGCGUGGCCCCUUCAACACCUUCGCGAUAAAUUGAAUGCUUCAAAAUAUGCAUCUGUAGAUUUCGACAAGGAAUUACUAACCUUUUUUGUCAAUGUACUCUUGGGCCAAGCUCAAGAAUGUCUACUAGAAAAAAGUCUCAUUGAUCAUCGUAGCAACUUGGUCGUCGCUAAACUGGCGAUUCAUUUACGCGAUAGAUAUCAGGAGUGUUUUCGACACCUUGAAAACUCGAAUCUCUGUGAUUAUGUCUCAUCACAAAAGUACAAGCUGUGGGCAAGGACGUGCGCGUUAAAAAGCGAGAUAUAUGGUUGUAUCGCAAUGAUCCACUUGGGUUGUCAAGCUGAUGACGACAAAAGAAUGGGAGCGAGAUAUGGAUACUACAAGAUUGCAAAUGAUCAUCUAACUGCUGUCCUCAAAGCUGCAGAGAAGGAAGAUCGGGAUACGAUGAAAGCAUCCAUAUCGUUUCUUUCUGAUGUAGUGGGAACAAAGCUAGGAAAUGCCAAGAAAGAGAAUGAAUUUAUUUACCACGAACGUGUUCCAGGAAACGAAGAGCUAUGUAAAGAUCUGGAAGGACUCUGCAAAGUACGACCGUUGUCAUUUGAUCCACUCGACAUUUCUGUAGGUGGGGAGGAUUUGUUCGGCGGCCUUUUACCUCCGGGCGUCAUCAAGGCGGUAUCUGAAUACGAAGAAGAGAAGGCGAAACUCAAGCGUGAAAUCAUGGAACGAGUAGACCGACGAGAUGAAGAGCUGAAUUCAUUCUUGGUGUCUCUGCGAAUCGACGAAAUCGACUUGGACGCGGAUUCAACGGGACCCAUACUACCAGAUAUGUUGCUUGAGAGAAAUGCUGCACUUACCGCUCAACCAGACGCUAUUCCCAAACUGCUUGAGUCGCUGACAAAAGUUGGUGAUCUCGCUCGAGAAGCCGGUACAAAACUGGGUGGUUUGACAGGGCGGUUAGCGGAAGUGGACCUCCCUGAGAUUACGUCAGAUGAAGGAUACAAGGCGAUCAAGAAGGAGUUGGAGAGGCUUACAGAACAUCAUCAGAAAGCGAGAUCAAAUAACGUCGAAUUACACAAAGCUUUGGCUGCACACUCGACGAAUCUUCAUCUGCUCAGCCUCCCAAUAGCUGAGCUGACAUCCAAGCUUGCUGGACCGGCUAUUAAUGCUGGUUCGCAACAACGGGAGGGUGCUGCACUUCGACGUGUGCUCGACAAAACCCGUGAAAUGCAAACUCAGCGGGCUCAGCUACUACAGAGAUUUACAGAGGAGAUGAAUAAUGACAACAUUGCGAAGAAGUUAUUGUCUGAAAGAGAUACGGAUCACAAGGAAAUGUUCUCGACAGAGUUGAAAAAGCACGAUGAAACGCUGAAAUAUCUGGACGCAAAUUUGAAUGCACAGGAGAAAAUACUUUCUGCCCUCACCGAAGCGAAUUCGGCGUUCCGAGCAUAUCAUGACAUUAGUAACUGCGUACGAUGUUUACGCUUUUACCUGAAGUUGCUGGAUCGCCUCAAUAAGCUAACACUUGCGUUGGAGCUGAACGGACAAAGACGUGAAGCUGAAAAACGCUCUCUAGAAGAAAAGAUGGCUGCUCUAAAACGAGCUAGUGAAGCUCGUGAAGCACUUGCAGACUUUUCCGUUGGGGGCAUUCCAGGGUUAGGAUCUCAACCUCAAGCAGGAGUGCCAGCCGGCCGUGCUCGCUUCGGCGACUACAAAGAGUUCUACCUGAACAAAAUGGCUGCAUCAUCGGCUGUAUCGGCUGGAUAUGUUCCGCCAGUUCAACCCGCUGCCUUCCCACCAUCUCAGCCAAGCCCCUACGCACCAUCCCAGCCAAGUCCUGCGUCGAUCGGUGGGUUUCCUGGCGCACCUCAUCACCCACAAGUUCACCCUGGUGAUCAUUACCCUGGUGGACCACCUUCUCCUGCUCCAAGUAGCAUACCUGAUUCCUCGGCUUAUUUUCCUCAUCACCAUCACGACGAGGUCAGACGUCCUUCGCCAGCGCCUAAUCACCUGCAAUACUCCCACCUGCCUUCGAUGCCUCCAACGUCUUACGCCGCUCAAGCAGCAGCGCAAAAUCCUGCUCUGAGCCUUCCUCCACACCUGCAACCUUCUUCUCAGCCUGCUCCAAGCAGUGCGCAUCAAGCCCCUCCCAUGGCGCUACAGAGCCAUUUCACUCCAACGAAGUCGCUACAGCCGCCUACAUAUCAUACGCACACACCGCUGUCAAUACACCAUCAAGCACCAGUUUCUGGAACUACGUAUACCCCACAACAGUACCAGCCACAUCAAGGGUUGCAAAAUGUGCCAACAUCAGCAGUAUCCACGCCAAUACCUUCAGUGAAUGCUGGCACAGGAGCUGCGCAAUGGAGUCAGCCGCAACAGGUAAGUAAUGCGUGCUUUUUACCACUAUAG